AUGAGCGGCUUGGCUCUCAGUCAACCGACCACGAGCGGACCUGCAGUUCACGAGACCGUGAGGCAGCUGCCGCAGGGCUGGCGGCACGUCGCUCCGGCCGAUGACCUCAACACGAUUCAGCUUUCCGUCGCGUUGAAGCAGCCCGGCCUCGACCCGAACCAUGCCGAGUAUGGCGCACAUGUCUCUCGCGACCUGUUGAAGAUGUUCCAAGAGCCGGGCGCCGAUGCCUACGCUGUUGUCGCGGAUUGGCUUUCCGCUCACGACAUUCGGGACUUCGUUCAGGACAGCCCAUGGGUUCGCCUGAACACCACCGUCGGUAAAGCGAACCGCUUGUUGGAUUGCAAGUUCUCUAAGUACCAGUACAAGAGCGAGAAGGCAGUGUUACGGGCCAAGGAAUAUACCCUUUCCAGCCAGGUCUCAGAGGUUGUCGACUUUGUCUUCCCAAUCAAGGCGAGGGAGUCGCGCAAAGUGAAGCGACAGAGCGCAAGUGACUGUUGGGACUACACUACCCCCGACUGCAUCGUGGAUCUCUACAGCAUCAACUACAGCCCACCAGAUGGCCCGUCCCCGACAGACUUUGGCAUCGUCGACUUCCUGGAGGGGUACCCCAAUAUCCCGACUCUCCAAGCAUUCCUAGCAUCGUACAGCCCCCGUCGGAACGCCACAGGCUUCUCAUCGAAGUACAACCUCACCGUAGCAUCCAUCAACAACGGCAGCGAUACCACCGAAGGCGGCGGCCCGAUGAACGUAACCUACUUCUCCACCGGCGGCCGCGGCCCUGAAAUCGGCCCCGACGGCAAAGAAAAGGAUCCCAAGGACAGCGCCCACGAGCCCUGGAUCGAGUUCCUCGAGGCCCUGCUCGCUCGCGAGACCAUCCCGGACGUCAUCUCCAUCUCCUACGCCGACGACGAGCAGCUUAUCCCGCAGCCGUAUGCCCGUCGCGUAUGCGACCUCUUCAUGCAAAACACGACGAAAUUCUUCCCGACGUUCCCCGUCGACUGUCCCUGGGUUACGGGCGUUGGCGCGACGGGUAACUACGCGCCGACAGAGCCUGCGUGGUACAGCUCCGGCGGCUUCAGCGAAUACUUUGAGCGUCCGCCCGGCCCGGAUAUCUCGGCCAUUGGUUCCCGGUUCUUGAUGCAACCUGGGUGGACGCAGAAGGGGACAAGCGCUAGUACGCCUGUCGUCGCGGCGAUGAUUGCGCUUGCCAAUGAUAAGUGGAUGAGGGAGGGUAAGCCUGCUCUGGGAUUCCUUAACCCGCUGUUGUACUCUGACAAGGUGCGUUCUGCGAUCAACGAUGUCACGAGCGGGUCUAGCGGAAGUUGCUCUUAUGGGAGCCAGGUUGAGAGCGGAUGGUGUGCGACUGCUGGGUGGGAUCCGGCGACUGGUCUUGGGACGUUGGACUUUGCCAAGUUCCUUCAGGCACUGGAGUAAUG